AUGUUGGGUUUUCACAGAAGAACGAGGUCUUUAAUACCGGUUAAGGAUUUGGGCAAAUAUGAUAAGGUGGCUAUGGUUGAGGAAGAGGAGCAGCGGGAUGUAGAAGAAGAGAUGGAGAGUCACAACGCGCCAGACGGUGCCGAUAAGUCGCGGCGGACGCAAUUGAUGCUGGUGUACCUCAUCUUCCUUGCUGAAGCCAUCAUGGCAUCAAGUCUCCAGCCACAGCUCCAAAUGCUCCUCUCGUCCUCCGACUACUGCGGCACCCUCUCCUCGUCAUACCUCCGAAGCAUACUCGACUGCGCAUACGCAUUUGGUGGAACAACGGGUCUGUUCUGGGGAUACCUCGCCGACCGCAUGGGAAGACGGCGCGUUACGCUCAUCGGGCUCUGGAGCAUGUUUGCAUGCUGCCUGAGCAUGGGAUUUGCGACCAGUCUUGUCAGCUGCACAAUCUUCCGCUUCGUCGCUGGCAUGGUUAGCUCGGCAAUCGUAUGCACGACCCUGACCAUGAUUGGAGACUUGAGCACAUCGGCAGAGGAGAGGGCCAAGAACGUCGCCCGGCUACCUACCAUUUCUCUGGGUGGCUCCAUGGGCCCUAUCAUGCAACUCAUGGUAUCGGAGAGCCUGCAAGCAUACAACAUGGUCUGGCAAGACUACCCAACACUGGGCUCUGAGCUAGCCUGCGGAGCUGUACUGUUUGGCAUCGCGCUCACGGCGAGCAUCUGCCUCAAGGAAACGCUUCCCCACCACAACGACCGCUCAGCAGACCCCGUUGACAUGGACUGCGAAAAGGCCGCUUUCCUCCGCCGCGACUCAGAAGACACCAACGUCACUCUCGUCGACUUUGCUCGCCCAGAUCCCAUUACCAUCUCGCAGUUCCUCCAGGCUCCUUCCCUCAUGGUCCUCCUAUCCUCUUUCUGCCUCCUCUCGCUCCACGCCUCGACCUUUGACGUCGUCCUCCCCCACCUCGGCCACAGCAGCACAGACCAAGGCGGCAUGGGCAUCUCCUGCGAAUGGCUCAGCAUCGUCGUCCUCUGCGUCCGCGGCAUGGCCGGCAUGGUACUCUUCUACGCCAUCCCCUACGCUACGGAAAAGUACGGCCUCGUCAAGCUCUACCGUUCCGUCUCCGCCAUGCUCCCCGCAACCUACGUCCUCACACCCAUCCUCGCCAUCGUAGUCACCUGCUCCGGUCUCGAACCCGUCAUCUCCACCUUCUCCAUCUUCGCCCAACACCUCCUCACUGGCGGGGCAAACGUCGUCGUCUCUCUCCUCGUCCUCAACACCACACCCGAUGCCUUCUCCGCCGGCACCGUCGUCGGCAUGAUGCAAGUUGCCAGUCUGUUCAAGGCUUUCGCCGUCGCUGUCAGUGGAACAAGCUACUACUUUAGCGACGACCUCAGUGUGCAAACAACAAACUUCGCGCUCUGGACUUGCCUCGCUCUCUUCGGCAUCGUCGGCGCGGGUCUCGCGUGGUUCGUCCGCGAGAGACCGAGUGUGGAGAAGGAUUUCCCUAGCGAGGUUCUCUGCUGGGAGACUUGCUUUGAUGCUGAUGCGGAGAAGCAGUUUAGUCUGGAGGAUGUCCAGGAGGUUUGA